GGUUGUCAGUUGACUGUCAUCAAUGAACUCAUUCUUUGUGAAUUUAUGUGUACAAUUACAUCCGGAAAUGUAGUAUUUGUUUGAGUUAUGAAACAAUAACAAGAAAAAUAGUAAUAAAAUUAUAAAAAAUUCCCAGCUGACCGAGUAACUAAUUCAAUUAAGAAAGAAAGCGAAAGAAAGUGGAAAUUGAGCAAUAGAGGCAAUCAACAAUCUCAGUUUGGGAAAACAUAGAGCGUAACAAUGAAAUAUCACACAUCACCAACAACGUCGCAGACAAAUCUGUACAAUGAUAGUUCAAUAUAUCGGAGUACUUCGCCGUUGCCACCUCCAGCCACCACAUAUUGUCUGUCAGCAACGACAAAGAGCUACAAAUAUCUCCGAAAAAUCGUUAAAUUCGAUCAAAUGGACUUUGAAUUUGCCAUGUGGCAAAUGAUUUACUUGUUCAUCUCACCGCAGAAGUUAUACAGAAAUUUUAGCUAUAGAAAACAAACUAAGUCUCAGUUUGCUCGCGAUGAUCCCGCAUUUUUGGUUCUGUUGAUUUUGUGUCUGUUUGUUACAUCAAUUGGAUUCACCUGGACAUUAAAUUUGACAUUUGGUCAAACGCUGUACUGCAUCGCAUAUAUACUCAUCGUUGAUUUCAUUUUGGCUGGCAUCGCUAUGACAACAUUUACAUGGCUAUUAGCGAAUCGAUACUUACGACAAAAUCCAAACGAAGCUGACGUUGAAUGGGGCUAUAGCUUUGACGUGCACAUGAAUGCAUUCUUUCCACCACUGGUUUUGCUUCACUUCGUUCAACUCAUCUUUUUCAACAGUGUUAUCAAUUCAGAGUACUUCUUCUCCAGACUAUUUGGCAAUACAAUUUGGUUAAUCGCAAUUCUUUACUACGUCUAUAUCACGUUCUUAGGUUUUAAUUGUAUUCCCUUCCUAAAGAACACUCGUAUUAUUUUGGCGCCAAUCCCAGUCGUCAUUCUAUUCUAUGUCAUGACAUUGAUCAUUGGAUGGAAUAUAACGAUGUCAUUUGUUAAUUUCUACCAUUAUCGAGUCCUGUAAAUGUGUUUAAGUUUCUAACUAUUUUUCUUACUGAGCUUCAACAUUAUUAACUAAAUCAUCAAUAAAAUUCUAUACAUUACAAAUAAAACGAACAAAAUAUAAACAAA